ACAGCAGGGAGAAUAAAAAGUACCGCCGCGAAAUACAGUUCGUUUUUUGCUACCGAAAUAAAAUUGUGUUUAGUUCCGUAGUGAAGUUUUUUACUAAUCCGCGAGCUUUUAUUCGGGUCCGAAAAGUUCUUCCGGGAGUGCAUAAACAUUUUGGUCCUUCGAGCCGGAUACCACAUCCCGUUUUCCCGGAGAAUUUCGGUGGAUUAGUUUCGCGGUGUUGUGCAAAUUGUGCUGCUGAUUGGUGACGCGAAAAUCGCCAUCGCUAAAAACUUUUCGCGGACAAUAAAAAGUGGUCCCCUUUGUGCUGCUGGCUUGGGACGCGAAAAAAUCGCCAUCGCAAAUUGAUUGCCCAGCUCAUCGAACAAUUUGGCGAGUGUGAUAAGUGCCUGAAAGUGUGCAGAAAAAAGUGCAUCGAGCCAGCUUGGAGUGAACCACGACACCUAGGAAGGACAUCACGGAGCUUGAAGGCAACCUCGGACAUCGGACAUCGUAGUUCAUCACAUAAUUUGGGAAGUACUAUUGUGUUGUUGAGAAAUAAAGAUUGAGAUUGCAUGUGAGGUGUUUUUUCUUGGUUGCAUGAGGUGUGCCCUUUUUAAAUAUAAGUUGGUCUUGGUUUGCGCUGGUUUUUUCUCCGUUGUUGUUCCGCUGGUUGUGCCCCCCUGCUGCAGUCAACAAGUUCGACGGUUUCGUCAAUCGGGUUUCGCGGUUGUGUGGAACGUCGAGUAGAUCGGGUACAGCUGUUAGUGCUACAGUGCAGUUUGGUGAUAGUGUUUUAGUUUUGCAUUGGACGAAUUGGGCCGAACGGACUUCAGUUUUUUUACAAAUUAAAACUUAGUGAAAAUAAAAACCGUGAAAGUGAAAAAGUGCAACAUGGCUAAAAACUUACAAUCGCAGCUAAAAACUCUGCAAAAACGUGAACGACAAAUAGUGCUUAUGCUGGACAGUGUCGAUCGGUUUUUGCAACACUAUAAUUCGGAACAUGAUGAGUGCCAAUUAACUUCAAGGAUUCAAGCUUUGGAUCCAGUGUACAGUGAGUUUUACGAAGUGCGUGGAAAAAUAGAGAUUGCUUUGGAAGAAGCCGAUGAAAAGCUGGACAAGGAUUUGGAAGAGGACACUAAAAAGGAAGCAGAAAAGCAACGACAGGAUGAGAACGAGAGGAUUUUGCUGGAGUUUGAGGAUCGAUUUUUCGAGUUGAAGGGAAUGCUCAUGAAACUUCAAUCGUCGAAAGCAUCUCAGCCAAACGACGAGUCGAGAUUCAGCCAAGAUCGGUCCGCCCCAUUUUCUCGUGUCAAGCUUCCAGAGAUUCGACUUCCAACCUUCAACGGAAAGAUCAAGGAAUGGGUGACGUUCAGAGAUAGCUUUCGGAGUCUCAUUCAUUGCAAUCCUCAGCUAGGAUCUACGGAAAAAUUCACGUAUCUCAGGUCUGCCGUCACAGGUGAUGCGUUGAAGGAUAUCGCAUCCAUUGAACUCACCGAUGCCAACUAUGAUGUCGCUUGGGAUAUUUUGGAGGAGCGUUACGAGAAUCGUAAGCUCAUUGUGAAGGCUUACCUGGACGCUUUAUUCGCUUUAGAACCUCUGAAGAAAGAAGGCUACGACGGGCUGAAUAAUCUGAUCACCGAGUUCGAGAAGAAUCUUCAGAUGCUGCAGAAGGUCGAUGAAGAAACCGAAGGCUGGAGUACAAUCCUGGGUUACAUGCUGAGCUCCCGUCUUGAUCCUGUUACUCUUCGAAAUUGGGAAACACACCAUAACAGCAAGGAAGUUCCCAGGUACGAAGACCUGAAGAAGUUUUUACGCAACUAUUGCAGUGUUCUCCAAUCUGUAGCGCCAUCGAAAGGGUCGAGUUCAACAGACAACAAGCAAUCCAGGAGUUCAGUAUGUAAUACCGCAUACAAGUCGUCGAAUCGGUGUCCGUUCUGCAACGAGCCGUGGCAUUCACCCUUCCACUGCCAGAAGUUCAUGCGUCUAAAAUUGUCUGAGCGUUUGGACGCGGUAAAUCGAGCCAGAGUCUGCCGUAACUGUUUCCAGAGUGGUCAUUUCGCAGCGAAUUGCAGCCGAAGUACCUGUCGUCAUUGUCAUCAGAAGCAUCAUUCGUUAAUCCACGCGUCGCGAUCCUCCGUUCCACACCCGUUGAAUCCAAAGCCGUAUCAACAGUCAACGUCACAACCCAUCGUUCAACAAGCAUCGUUCCAACAGCCAAAUCCACAACUCCAACCAACAAACACCGAGAACUUGCACACCUCAACACAAAAUGCACCAACCACCUCACAACACACAAACACACAACAAACCUCAACACAUAGUAACACCAGUCAAAAUUAUGUCGCACUUCCUGCUUCUCCUUCGAAUAACAUUAUUCUGUCAACGGCUCUAAUAAGAGUGAAAGAUCGUCAUGGCAACACGCUGAUUGCUCGAGCUCUUCUUGAUUCUUGUUCGCAACAUUGCCUCAUGACACGUGACUUCUCUCGCAAGCUGCGCUUCGUUGAAUCGCCCACGUUCCUGUCGGUCCAAGGUAUUGGAUCAUCGCAAAGUGUUUCAACAAAGGCUGUAAGCGCUGAAAUAACUCCCCGUUCGCCGAAGAUGUCCCGCUUCCAGGAAACUGUGCAAUUUUUCGUUCUACCAAAGCUCACUCUUCAUUUGCCAACAACUUCGUUUGAUCCAUCCACUUUGUCGCUUCCUGAUGCAUCGCUCCUGGCAGAUCCGUAUUUCCAUGAGUCGAGGCGCAUAGACGUAAUAAUUGGCGCUGAAUAUUACAUGGACUUGCUCACAAACGACAGACGGAAGAUAACUGCAAACGGACCAACUCUACAAAAGACCGUAUUCGGAUGGAUUGUCUCGGGUCGAGUAUCAAGCGCAACACCAUCCAUUUCUCAGACUUAUGUUUGCUCAACUGUAGAUCUUCAAGAUCAAUUGAUGAAGUUUUGGGAACUGGAAACCUGCCGCGUUAAAAGCGUCCUGUCGAUAGAAGAAUCGUUGUGUGAAAAGAUCUUUCGAGAAACUACGAUACGUGACACUGAAGGCCGAUUCGUCGUUACACUUCCCAAGAAAGAGUCUGUGAUUGAUCAAAUCGGCAACUCACUCACGAGAGCUGCUAGUCGUUUUACGGCACUGGAAAGGCGAUUCGAAACCGAUGCGGAUUUGAAGAAGUUGUAUGCUGCCUUCGUCCACGAAUACCUUGCACUAGGGCACAUGCAAGAAGUGUCAGACAAGUCGGAUCUAGAAAAAGGCUACUACAUACCGCAUCUCCCUGUGUUUAAACCUGACAGUACGACGACAAAAUUGCGGGUGGUGUUCGAUGCAUCAUGCAAGUCAUCCUCUGGUGUUUCGUUGAAUGAUGCUCUCAUGGUGGGACCCGUCGUCCAGGAUGAGCUGCUGGAUAUCACGCUACGCUUCAGGCUUCAUCAGUACGCGAUUGUAGCUGACAUAGCCAAGAUGUAUCGAAUGAUCAAGGUGCAACGUGGGGAUCAUCGGUGGCAGAGGAUUUUGUGGCGAGAUUCAAGAGAUGAGUCUAUUCGAACCUUCGAACUUAACACCGUUACUUACGGUACUUCCUCCGCCCCUUAUCUUGCUACAAGGUGUUUGCAACAAUUGUCCCAGGAUGGAGCUGAGGAAUAUCCGAUCGCAGCUGAGGUGCUCGCUUCUGCGUUCUACGUCGACGACAUGCUGAUCAGUGUCAAAUCCAUUGAGGAAGGAAAGCAACUUGUGCAGCAAAUGAUGAGCCUCAUGGAUUCUGCUGGAAUGUCUCUCAGAAAGUACGUUUCUAACUGCUCGGAGAUUCUACAAAAUGUACCCUCCCAUCUCUGUGAUGAACGAUUGGUUUGUGAGUUAGACUCAACCAGAUCUACUGUGAAAACCCUUGGAUUGCAGUGGCAGCCUAGCUCCGACGACUUCCGCUUCAGUACGAUUUCUUGGGAUGAUAAAGCACCGAUUACCAAGCGAAAAGUAUUGUCAGACGUAGCACGGCUUUUCGAUCCCUUAGGACUAGUUGGCCCCGUCGUAAUCCAAGCUAAAAUCUUUGUACAAGAUCUGUGGAAACUCCAAUGUGAUUGGGAUGAGGAACUGAGCGUUGAGCUUCAAGAGCAGUGGAGGGAGUAUCGUCGAAAUUUCGCCAGCUUAGAUAGUUUGUCAGUGCCCCGUUGGGUCGGUUUAAGUCAGGAGACAAGAGUCGUAGAAAUUCACGGAUUUUGUGAUGCUUCAGACAAAGCGUACGGAGCAUGUUUAUAUGUCAGAACCGUUGAUGCAAAUGAGGAGAUUCUAGUUCGACUGUUGACGGCGAAGUCGAGAGUAGCUCCUCUCGAAAACCUGAAGAAGAAAAAGAAGAGGCAAUCUACGCCACGAUUAGAAUUGUCAUCAGCUUUACUUCUCGCGCACCUGUAUGAGAGAGUCUCCAGAAGCAUCAAGUUGCAGUCAGCAAAAUCCCACUUUUGGACUGAUUCCAUGAUAGUUAAGUGUUGGCUAUCAUCCCCACCUUCGCGUUGGAAAGAGUUUGUAGCAAACCGAGUCUCCGAGAUCCAACACAUCACGGUCGCUGGAACAUGGAAUCACGUAGCAGGAGUUGAAAACCCGGCAGAUAUAAUUUCCCGAGGCAUGAUUCCAGCACAGUUGCAGUAUCAAUCGCUGUGGUUUCAAGGCCCAUCUUGGUUGAGGCUUGAAGAGAAACACUGGCCCCAGAAUGUGAACGUCGUUGAGGAGUCGUUAGAGAAGUCAUCGUUGGAAGAAAAGGCGAGUACCACGGCUGUAGCACAGGUUGUAGAACCAAGCGAAGUAUUUGGAUGGAGAUCCUCUUACAUAGAGCUAAUGCGCCUUGUGGCAUGGAUGCGACGAUUUCGAUUCAACUCUCAGAUUGCGCAUAGAGAUAUUAAAAGAAGUGGUGCCCUGACUCUCACAGAACUCGAUGAAUCGCUGAAGACGCUUGUACGAAUCGCUCAGAAAGAGAGCUUUCCGAAAGAGUACUGUGAAUUGAAGAACAAUCGUCAGAUUUCACCGUCAUCAAAACUGAUGACAUUGACACCGGAGAUGGUAGAUGGGUUAAUCCGGAUUGGCGGCCGGCUCCGACAUGCAUCGAUUUCCGAUAACCGAAAGCACCCGUACAUCUUGGAUCAUCGACACCCGUUUACCGAAACAGUGAUGACAUACUAUCACCGAAAGUUGUUCCACGCAGGUCAACAGCUUCUCAUUGCUGCAGUUAGAGAUCAAUUCUGGCCAACGCACAUCGGAACUCUUGCUCGCUCUGUGAUCUUCAAAUGUGUCCCUUGCUUCCGCGUGAAACCCAAAAUCCAGGAACAAAUCAUGGCAGAUCUACCAGUUGAACGAGUAACUCAGUGCCCAGUUUUUGAGAGAGUUGGUGUGGAUUACUGUGGGCCAUUUUUUGUAACGUACCCUCAGCGAAAAUGUCGGCCUGUCAAGGUUUUCAUCGCUAUCUACGUUUGCCUUGCGACAAAGGCUGUGCACAUGGAAGUGGCUUCAGAUUUGUCUACGCAAGGUUUCCUUGCCACUUUUCAACGGUUUUGUAGUCGUCGAAGUGCUCCUCGAUUGGUGAUGUGCGACAAUGCGAAGAAUUUUGUUGGAGCAAAACGUGUUCUGGACGAAGUUCACGGGUUGUUCAUCAGCAAGCAGUUCCAAAACACUGUGGUUGACUACGCAGCAAACCAAGGCAUCGAGUUUCAUUUCAUCCCUGCACGCUCGCCAAAUUUUGGAGGACUUUGGGAAUCUGCAGUGAAAUCGUUUAAAACUUUGCUCAAACGGACAGUUGGACAGCGCUCGCUUGGACACGAGGAGUUCCAGACAAUCGUGGUGAAGAUUGAGGCAGCAUUGAACUCCAGACCUAUCACCGAACUCAGCAAUGAUCCUGAUGACUUCGAACCGCUCACACCAGGACAUUUCCUGGUGCAAAAGAAAAUGACUGCUCUCCCUGAACGCGAUUUGAAGGACGUACCGGAGUCGAGACUGAAGGUCUGGCAGAGAAUGGAACAGAUUUCCCAGAAUCUGUGGGCGAAGUGGUCGACUCAGUACCUGUCUAACCUCAACAACCGAACGAAGUGGACUAAGAAGAAGGACAACAUCAAAAUCGGCUCCUUGGUCAUACUGAAGGAGGAAAAUUUCCCGCCUCUGCAGUGGCCCAUGGCACGAGUAGUAGACCUCCACCCUGGUUCAGAUGGAAACAUACGCGUUGUCACUAUUCGCACACAGAAUGGCACAUACAAGAGAGGCAUUUCGAAAAUCUGCGUGUUACCUAUCCGUGACAACCUACCAUCGUCAGAAGAGGAGAACCUGGACUCCUCCACCGGCGGAGAUCAAUAGAUCUCCGCCUUCCCAGUUAAGUUAUGUGUUUGUUUGAAUUUCAAAAAGCUCACCGAAUUUCUUUUCCAUAGAGUUACGAUGCCUCCUAAACUCAGACAACUCUGAGACAUCCCAUGUGGAUAGCACUUUCACCUGAAUUGAGGUAAUCUGUUUUGUUUCGGUGGUGGUCAGUCGUAUGUUUGCAUGCAUGAGUAAAGCCUGAAUACUCGUCGCCUGUCGGCCUGUUUUUAAACAGUCCCACGUCGUAACAGUCUGUUGCGAAGUGUAUCGCAGUGUCAAUCUGCGGAAGUCCCGUUCAUCUCUAAUUGAGAUCCCCGUUUUGAUAUUUUGAGGAAAAGUGGUGCCAAUGAAGAGGGAGAAGACUAGUAUUCGCCCCUGAACGCCUGCGCAGUGGUCAUGGACAGGUUUGGCCAACCCCGACGUGCUCACCCAGCGUAGAAGUUCGCCAGCAGCAUCACCAACCAAGAGAUCAUCAACUCGAUGUCCAGCGCGUAACAGAUGGAGGUCAUCACACGCCAUAGGGCGUCCGCGGAGGCCCGAAGGCCUCCGCUCCAGGGAAAUUUGUCGUCGCCCACCGAAGCCAAUCGUCCGUUUCAACGUCAUCGUAUGAGUACGGUGACCCCAAAGUUCAGCAAGAUUCGUCCGCAGUCGUAACCACGUUGUAGUCCAGGAAGCAAGAGUUCGAGCAGAAAUUCCACCAACACAUUCGUCAUCACUAUCAGUCCAUCAUCCAUAGAUCACCGAAGAGGUUGCGCAGCAUCAUUUUUUCAAAGGUAAAUGCACUUUAGUAUGUGUUCGUCGAAGCACAUUGCAGUACUACACACCUUAAGAGAAUUUUUAUCCUCUUCGAGGUGAUCAGCAGCAGCAGUCAUCGAUCAUCUGGCUUGGUUCGAUCCAUCGUACAGUCCGACCUACCCGAUAACCCCGAAGUACACCGCAGUGAAGGUUAACAGUUCCGUCUGAUUUUGGUUCAGACCCACUCCAAUUCGAGUUGCUAACUCGUCACCAGUUCUAGUACACACCAUUUUAUAUUUUAAGCUAAGAUUGUAAAUAGUUGAACAUUAGGAAACGAAGUAAUUUUAGUUAUAAUUGAAAUGAUAUUUCAAGGCGGCCGGCAUGAACGCGCACUUCUAAUUUGUACGCGCAUGCGCGCUUCUAAUUUGUAGCGAAAUGCGCAAUAACGUUCAUAAGGAACAGUUGAAAUGGAACAGUGCGAAUGUCAUCUAAUUAUGGUUUGUUUACGUUUUGCAUAUGUUUUUUGCACAGUAUAGGACAGCAGGGAGAAUAAAAAGUACCGCCGCGAAAUACAGUUCGUUUUUUGCUACCGAAAUAAAAUUGUGUUUAGUUCCGUAGUGAAGUUUUUUACUAAUCCGCGAGUUUUU